AUGGCCCAUGGGACACGAGGAUGGAGUAUGCAGUUCGGGGCGCAAGAACCUGGAUUUCGGGGCCCCUUUUUUGAUGCAGGCGGUGCCGUUAUGCCGGCGGAUGGUACUGAACAAUGGACAUCAAUGAUGAUGGUCGAGGUUUGCUUUGAAGAUAGUGGAGUAGGCAAUUCUCGGAAAGAUAGCAGCACCGACAGACAUAGAAUAUCACGUGAUACAUCAAGAGCUCGAGUCAUGUUUUUCGUGAAAACUUUUUCUUUUUUUGCCUUGCUGGGCAUGCGAAUUCUCAAGGAUCUACUCGAGUAG